UAAUAUAUCCACUGCCUAGAACUAUAAAGAUUAAAUAUAUCUGUGAAAUGUUAGGCCAAGAGCUUGAGUUUAAUUAAGUGAUUCAAUUUAUGAAUACCAUUAAUUAUUAAUUACAAUAAAUCGUUAGUUCAUAUCGUCGCCACAAGCCAUCUUAUACUUGACAGCAUGAUGUUUGAGUUUUGUUAUUUGUUGUGAAUGAUCAAAACAAUUUAGUUUUACGUACCUACCUAGGGUAUAGGCUAUAUUGCACAACAGAAAAUAGUGUUUCUCCAUUCUCCAAUGUUCGGUGAAAAUAAUUUGCAUUCAAACAUGGAAGUUCAGUUCAAAGUAUACACUUACUGGGAUGAAAAGGAGAAACCAGAGGUGAGAAGGUUCGGAAUUGAGAGAAGUGUGGUGACCAGCUUUCAAUAUCUGAGUGCUAAACUUAGGGAAGUAUACCCUAAACUUAGGGACAGAAGUUUCACCAUUGUUUGGAAAGAUGAGGAAGGUGAUGAAGUUACUAUAUCUUCUGAUGAUGAAGUAAUUAUUGCAUUGACAGCAAUAUCUGAAGAUAUUAAAAAGCUCUAUGUGUACUGUAAAGAUGCUGACCAUAAGAAUGAAAGUUGUGAUGUUUUUAUUACCGCUGUUACUGAAACUCCUUCAACUAGUGGCAAUGAACAUGUAGGAGUUGUCUGUAAUGAAUGUGACUCUCAAAUAGUCGGAUUCCGCUAUAAAUGCACCAGUUGUGAUGAUUAUGACCUGUGCUCCAAGUGUGAGGCUGCUGGCCUGCACCCUGAACACUGCAUGGUUCGAGUACCUGCACCUUCUAUGCCUCGCCCUCUUAUUAAGGCAGCUAUAAAAAGGUCACGUCAGUUUCUGAAGACUGUCAGCGCUAUCAACGAAGAACAUUGCAAGCGCCAACGUAAUGAGCGUGAAAAACGUCGUGAACACAGCAACAGCCAUCACCGUCGCCAACAUGACGACUCUAUGCGGCGACCGCGCGCGAGUUGGCUCGACACCUUUGCUACUUACAUGAACGAAUUCGCAAAUCUAGCAGGUGAUGUCGGUGUAGAAACUCCCAAUGAAACUUCGAAUACAAAUCAAGAAGGAACUAACUCCAGUCAAACUCCGAGGGCUCAAGAAAGUGAAACAAAGUCUUCAGCCUCCGCUUCAGCUAACGCCAAGGCAUCUACUUCUACUUCCACCCCACAAUGUCCGUUUACUGAGAAUUUUGACAUCCAGAAACUUAUGAACCUUUAUCUUAGUGGAAAGUUGAAUACAUUGAUACCACAGCCCAAAGGUGCGCCAUCUAAUAAAACAAAUGAUGUUGAAAUGGGACAGGGUGAUAACAAAACACCAGAGUUUGACAAGGAUAGUGUUCAAUCUGAAGUUUCUUCUCAAACUAACACAACAGUCGAGGAAAAGAGGGAUGAGUCACCUGAUAAGACAGAUGGAUGGACAGUCAUCAAUAACGACAAAGAUUUAACCGAUUCUGAAGGAAAACCCAGCGCGCCAGCAGAACCUCCAAUUGGUUUCAACUUGCCAGAAGAGUUCAAUGAAAGUUUGCGCCUAUCUGAAGGACGAAGCUUGUAUCCGCCUCUUUACACAGCCACUGCUGUAUUGAAUCCCAAAGAGCAAGAAGGGAAGAAAGCGCAGCCAGCUAAGUCAAGUGCUCCUCAACAGGAGCCUGCUAAAAAAGGUGACUCCAAGCCGGAACCAGGACAAGCUAAGGCAGCUCAACCCGAGCCUAAGGUGCACCCAGCCCACAUUCAAGCUGCCAUUGAACAAAUGAUGUCCAUGGGCUUCACUAAUGAUGGCGGUUGGCUGGGACAACUCUUGGAGAACAAAAAUGGGAACAUUGCAGCUGUUCUUGACCUAUUGACUCCGGUCAAUACCAAGAAGUAAUCAAUCCCUAUCCAAAAUAUAAUGAAUCAGACUCUUUACAGUUAUAUGUUUUUAAUCUGAGUCUGUUGAUCUUUAAUCUGAGUAUAUUAUUAUCUUAAUGUACCUACGUUUUAUGUCGCGCUAACAAUUAAGUAUACUUGAUAUUAUUGUAUCCUUUAUCGGCUAUUAAUAUUUUAGAACUUUCAUUAUUAUCAAAUUCAGUUAUGAUUUAUUUCAAUUUUUCAUUGUGGUAUACUUUGAAAAUAGAAGGUGUUUUUGUUUAAUAGAGAUACUAUUAAGUGCUCUUUGUAGACUGCUUAGAAAUAAUUCCAAUGAUUUAGACAUGAUGGGCAGUACAUAUUAUUCUCGUUAAAUAAAGGUGUAUGGGUAAA